AUCAAAUUCUUUAUGCGUUGUGAUUCAGUGUUAAAAUAAAAAGUCCAGUGGGUGGAAACUUUCUUCUAUGGUAAGAAAACAUUUGACUCAUGUGACAUCAUCAGACCCGGGGCGGUUCCCAGGUCCGGGUGUGAGCCGCCCUACAUCAGCCUCCACCACAGAUGGAGCUGUGUUCGCCUCUGUUACAGUCAGGCUGAGUCCAGUUGGUGUCAGAGGCAGGAAGGAGGAAGUGGGACCAUCCUCUGAUUCAACACUAAACCCUGCAGCGAUCAGGAGCAGACAUGUCCACAUCUGCAGCACACUCAGAGCUGAGGCUGGUGGUGCUGGGCCGGACCGGGGCAGGAAAGAGAUCAACAGUCUGCACCAUCCUGGGCCUGCAAGACCCUGAACAGGGCACAGAUGUUACCCAGGAGUGCAGCAAACACAGAGGAGAGGCUGCAGGCAGGCAGGUGGUGGUCGUCUCCAGUCCAGCCUGGUUCGGCUCAGACUGCGACCCCGAGGAGAGGAGAAGACACAUAUCCUCCUUCAUCGCCUUAUCCAGCCCUGGACCGCACGCCUUCCUGCUGUGCGUCCCCGUGAACCAGCCAGCUGACGGAGAAGCCAAGGCGCUGGACGCCCUGACGGAGCUGUUCGGCCCCUCUGCAGUCAGCACCAACACCAUCAUACUCUUCACCAACACCGAGGAGCUGGAGGAGGACGAGCAGUUGGAGGAGUACCUCGUCACGUGGCGCAAGGACCUCCGGGAGCUGGUGGAAAGAUGUGGCGACCGCUACCACACCCUGGAGACCCGGGGUGGAGAACCAGAAGAGGGGAAAGCUGUGGAGGAGCUGAUGGAGAAGGUUGAGGAGGCGGUGACGGAGAGUGGGACGCAACACUUCAGCUGCCCUCUGUACCAGGAGGCCGAGGAGAGGGUGAAGGAGAAGCAGGUGGAGAUCCUGAGACGGAGGAGAGGAGAGGACGUGACGACUCCCACAGACUCACAACCAGAGGAAAACACAGAAGAAGAGAUGGAGGCAGUGCGGGAGGAGGCAGAGAGGAGCAUUGGGGACUUGAACGUGGACGUAGAUAAUAUCUUCCCCUCUGCUGCCGUCUCACCGUCCUCCCCCGCUCCGUCUUUCCUCUGGGGCUUAUGGGAGAAGCUGACCAGCUGGGUGAAGUGGCUGCCCAGAGUGGUGCGACGGGAGGCCCUGCUGGGAGCACUGGUCGGCCUGUUUGUCGGAGGGCCGUUUGGAGGUAUUAUGGGGGCCACGGUGGGGUCGGUGGCGACUGAGGUGGGAAGAAGAAAAACACAGAAAACCAAAUAAGAGAUAAUCUCGUUUAUUAUCUCUAAAGCUGCACCUUAAAGUCACCUCACUGCUGUAUUACUGAGCUAACAGCUAACAGCUAGCACCUUCAAAAUAGUAUUUAUGCUUCACUACUGAGCAACGCAUUCAUUUUUAAUUUUGGAAUGGGACCACUCUCUAAUAGAGCAUACUGUAUUAUAUAUUAAUGGUUAAUAAAUCGUGCCUAAUGGAUCGCUAAUAAUCCAUUAAUAAGAAUAACUUUGGGUUGCCAGGUUAGAAAACAUCUUUGGCUGUUGUAUAUCUUCCUUUAGUGUAACAUGCUCUGUCAUCUUAAGUCAGGUUAGUUAUUCAUCUUACUUCAUCUGGCCUACUUACUGAAAUACUGAAUGUAACUGAUUAAUAAAGUAGACUUCCACUACAA